UCGUUGUGAAUAUCACAACAAGAAGAUAUCGUCUCAUUUUUAUAGUGUACUUUUCAAACUCAAUUACUAGGUAGAGAAAUGUCUUCCAUGUCCAACGUCAAUCGUCGCUCCGUCAACUAUCAUCCUAGUAUUUGGGGUGAUAUUUUCCUUUCAUGUCCCUCCAAAAUGAAAAUAGAUACUGCAACUCGGCAAGAAUACGAAGAACUGAAACAAGAAAUAACGAGGAUGCUUAUGGUGGCUACUGAUGGGUCGUCUCAAAAAUGCCAUUUAAUUGCUACAAUAAAACGCUUAGGUGUGAGUUACCUUUUCGAAAAAGAGAUAGAGGAUGCUUUACAGACUAAUUUCCAUCACCAUGAAUACAAAGCUGACCAAACUCUUGAGUAUACUUCUCUUCAAUUUCGAUUGCUUAGAGAGAAUGGUUUUAAUGCUCAAUCUGAAAUAUUCAACAAUUUCAAAGAUGACAAAGGAAAUUUCAAGAUAUCCUUAACAAGUGAUGUCAAAGGCUUGCUAGAAUUAUAUGAAGCGAGUCAUUUUCUUGUUCAUGGAGAGCAUAUACUAGAUGAAGCACUUGCUUUCACCACCAGUCAUCUAGAGCUUGCCCAAAGAAUUGGCAUUGAGCGUCCCCUUUCAGCACUAGUCUCCCAUGCCCUGAAACGACCAAUUCGUAAGACUUUGCCAAGAUUAGAGGCAAGGCAGUACAUUUCCCUAUAUCAAGAAGAUGAUUCACAUGACAAGACGUUAUUGAAGUUCGCAAAGUUGGAUUUCAACUUAUUACAAAAUUUGCACAAGGAAGAACUAAGCAAGAUCUCUAAGUGGUGGAAAGAUCUAGAUUUUGCAACAAAACUACCUUUUGCACGAGAUAGAUUGGUUGAAUGUUAUUUUUGGAUAUUAGGAGUGUACUUUGAACCCCAAUAUUCCUUUGCAAGAGAGAUAAUGACAAAAGCAAUAGUCAUGGCAUCAACCAUGGAUGACAUAUAUGAUGUACAUGGCACAUAUGAAGAACUUGAACUCUUUACAAAUGCGAUUGAGAGGUGGGAUACCAGCUUUAUUGAUGGGCUCCCAGCAUACAUGAAAGUUUACUACAAAGCACUCUUAGAUCUUUAUGAAGAAAUGGAGAAAGUGAUGACCAAGCAAGGAAAAUCAUACAGAGUCCAAUACGCAAAAGAAGAAAUGAAACAAUUAUCUCAAGCUUAUUUUAUUGAGGCCAAAUGGUACCAUGAAAACUACGUACCGACGGUAGAAGAGUACAUGAAAAUUGGCUUAGUAACUUCUGGCUACCCCAUGGUUGCAAUCACAUCUUUUGUUGGAAUGGGAGACGUCGUUACAGAAGAAACCUUCAAUUGGGCAUCUAACAACCCUAAGAUCGUAAGAGCUUCUUCGAUGAUUAGCCGUCUCAUGGAUGAUAUCGUCUCACACAAGUUUGAGCAAGAGAGAGGACAUUGUGCAUCGGCGGUUGAAUGCUACAUGAAGCAACAUGGAGUUUCAGAAGAAAAGGCAUGUGAAGACUUAAAGAAGCUAAUUGAUACUGCUUGGAAAGAUAUAAACCAGGAGUUGUUGUUUAAGCCAGCUAGGGCUCCAUUUCCAGUCCUUACUUGCGUUCUCAAUCUUGCGAAGGUUAUGGAUUUCCUUUACAAAGAAGGAGAUGGUUAUACACACGUCGGAAAUGUUACAAAGGCUGGGAUUACUUCACUGUUGGUUGAUCCGGUGCCGAUUUGAUGACGAAUUUUGGAUUUGAGGAAGCUGACAAACUGGCCAACUCCUUUCCUUUAGUCUACGAUCCAGGGAAUUUGCGGUUUGCAGCAUGUGUUUUUAACCUGUUGUGUGCUUUGUUGUGCUGUGACUCUGUUUCUCAAAUUUGUGUGGUUCAUCUCGGCAUGUUUGUGCCUAUCAUGUAGCGAUAUUAAUGGUUUUAAUAAGCGCUUAUAUCUAAAUGAACACUUUUUAAGAAA